AUGAGGUUAAUAUAUCUGUAUAAUUCUUUUCUUGUCUGUGUGGCAUUUGUGGAGUGUUGUGACUUCUCUGAAUUAUCUGGUACUAUAUUGGGAUGUGUACAUGAUGACAAGGAAGUUCACAUCGAAUCUGCUCAAAAUGGUACAAUCGCAACAGGUUCUGUCUGCAUCGUUGAAAACUCACUUGGUGUUCAACACAUUCAAUGUGAUGAUAAACAAUGGAUCAUACAUCAAGAGGUCAUUGAUAAUAAAAGCCACAGAAGACGAAAAAGAGGAUUUUGGCGAAGAUUAGGGCGAUUUUUUGGUAACGUUUUCAAAGGAGUCGUAUGUGUUGCUUCACUUUUUACAGCUUGUGCGUUCGGUGACAGGCGUCCCUCUGAUAGAACGCCCCCUGGAAUGACAUGCGCACCCCCGAAAAUAUUUGUAACAGCGGAACCGUUUUCUUACGUUGCCAGGGCGACUUGGCAAGAACCUGUAGCUUCUGAUGAAACAGAUGGGCGAAUCACACCAAGACUAAUACAGGGAUACCCGCCUGGACAUAACUUUCCCGAGAACGAUACAACCGUCAUAUAUAAAGCCACAGACAGAAGUGGAAAUUCUGCAUAUUGUAAAAUCAUUGUCAUUGUAAAAGUUGUACGCUGUGAUCCACCAAAGCAUAUAAACAAUGGCUAUUUCCAAUGUUACCCUGUAACAGAACAUUUGAAAGGAGGGACAUGUAAGUUUGGUUGUUACGAGGGAUAUGAAUUAGCUGGCGGACCAGAUCACGUGUACUGCAAGGACAAUGGACAGUGGUCAGACUCCCAGCCUUACUGCAAGCGUAAGAUGAAGUUUGUUAGUUUGACGUGAUGGAGAGACAUCUAAGUUACUUUCCUAUAUGUUUGCAUGUUUCAAAGCGCAUACUAUAGUUAGAUUUAUAAUCCAUUUAUAAUGAUAUUUUUAUCAAAUAUAUAUGCAGUCAUAUACUUGUAGACACUUUAUACUGCCUCUGUUUGGUUACUGAAUCAUGGUAAUUGUCUCAACGGAUAACUUCUUGAUAUUCAGAACUAAACAAACCUGCAGAACAAAUGUUAUCAAAUGCUGACAGCUAAGGCGUGUGUUAAGAUCUUGAAACAAAGUGAUCCCUCGGAAGCAUUUUUUUACAACAAAAUUACAUGAAAAUUGCAGAUUUACUUUGAUUGAGUCUGUACAUGAGGGAUAAUUCAUGAAUAAGGGCAACAUGCCUGGAACGUAAAUGCUAAUGUUUUCAAUAGACCUCUUUUAAACACAAAAACGUUCAAAACCGAUUUUUGCAAAACACUUUUACAAAUCAGAUCAGCAAGAAGGUUGAUUUUUUAUUUCAUGCUGAAUUAGUAUAUCUUAAAAGAAAACACAAAUCAUAGAUUAGUAACGCUUGAGCCAUUACAUAAAAAAAGCUUCUCAUCUUACUUGUAAGCGUAUUUAUACUUAAAUCAUGUCUGCGGGUGUUUUUAAAUUCAAAUUUCGCCAAUAUCUUCUUCAAUGUUUAUGCCGGUGCUAGUGGGCAUGGACGGAAGUUUGCAAUUACCAAAAUCGUUCAUUAAAGUGAACCUGCAAUAUUUUCAUUUUGUCAUUUUCAUUUCGUGUGUUCCUUAGGGAUUAUGUUCUCUGAUUUAAUUUGUGUAAAAUAACUGUCUUUAAAGCAAUAUAUGCAAUAUUAUAAUAUAUAUCUAUAUGAUCACGUUAACAAACACAUUUUAGUAAUAUACAAAUAUACUAUACUUCUAUUUUUACCUGCAAUAACUGAUUGUAGCUUGGAAAUGUCCAUGCAUUACCCCGAUUAGAGGGAGCAGGAGAACCAAAGUGUACAGAUGGGGCCAACUUUCGUAGCGUUUGUUCAUAUAAUUGUGGUUCUGGGUUUGAUAUGCCACCAAAAGUGAGUAAAGCACUGGUAUGUGACAAAAAAAAGUCCUGGCGAGGGUUUGGUACACCAAAAUGUAUUGAUGUUGAACCACCGACAUUUAAGAAUGGAACGUGUCCAAGUAUUGUUAUAGCAGGCACUGAUACAGGUCUGAACUCUACCAAAGUUAGUUGGACACCGCCGGAAGUGAUUGAUAAUAGCGACAAGACUGUUAGAGACAGCCGAACUAUUUAUUCACCGGGUGACACACUUACUGCCGGCAUAUAUUCAGUAUGGUACGGAGCACGAGAUGCCGCCGGGAACAUCGCUUUAAACAACUGUUCAUUUAAAGUUAUUGUAAGAG